GUGAUGACCAUUGUUGCAUUCUUUUAUGAAUGACAGCAAUGAAUGAUAAAAGAGCCACGCUUUUUGUAAUAACUUGGUUCAAGAUGUAUUUAUAUUGUAUCAAGAGAUAUCUUCUAUUCCUUUCUUUCUUUUUUCCUUGUCUUCUAAUAACUUCAUCAUGCAAAGUUUUAAGAAUAACAGACUCUUCUGUUAUUUCUCCGCCGACGCAUUGAUCUUAAAAAGGACAUUGCUUUUAAACCUCUUGUUUCCCUUUAAAUAUUUUGUUGUCCCCGAUCUACUCUCAUGCCCUCGAAAUUACGAAUGAUUGCGCUCUAUGACUGCACAGCAGACGAUAUAGGAGAACUUUCUUUCAAGGAAGGAGAUAUUUUAACUGACGUGACCAAAUCCAAUGACGAGGGCUGGUAUGAAGGAAGGCUUGAGAACAGUACAGAAAGGGGCCUUUUUCCUUAUAAUUUCGUAAAGCCAUUACCCGAAUCCUUUACAGCUGAUUCCAUAACAACAGACAACGUGUCGUCCGGUAGCGGAAAAAGCACUGUAUCUGAUAGUGCAUCAACAGCCUUUGACACGGUAUUAUCUAAUGUAUAUAGUAAGAAAGACGUCAAAUCAGCAAAAAAGACACAUGUUUCAGCAGCAGAUAAAGGCUUACCACAAGAUUUACCUGAAGCGUCAACUAAUUACAACAAUAAGCUUGUUAAUGGCACCAAUCGUAUAUUGCCAAUACCAGCUGACAAGACAAAGGAUAUACCAGGCCUCAAAUUCUCAACACCUCCACCAACAUUUGAAAAACUUUCCUACAAGAGUACAGAAAAACAAGAGUCACCAACGAGAACUCGGUCCUAUUCGACUUCCUUCUUAAAGAGCACAUCGGAUAAUCACGGCUUGGACAGAACACUACGUCCUUCACAAUGGACGUCUGGGGGUAAAAGCGAGCUAGAAAUAGCCCUCAGCCGACGCUCUCCAAGGUCAACCGCCAAUUUACGAUCUGAAUUCCAAACAAAACAUGGUGUAUCAACAGGAACAGGCAUUCAACUGGUUGGAUUAGAGAACGCAAAGCUAUCGACUGUAUCUCGGGAAACAGAAGAAGAAGAGGAAGACGAAGGCUUUCAGCUGAUCAAGCCAUCUCAACUCCGUCAGAAACAACAACUUUCCGGUCCUGUUUUGCCAAAACCAGUUGUUCCAACGCAGUCAGCAUCCUAUGUCGCUAAGUCAUCUACACCUAGUUGGAAAAAGACGGUAGAUAUCCCACAGCGACCGACAGAAAGUGUUGGUAAAAGUGCAAUUGGCACUACUGAACCACUUGGAAAUAUACCUGCUCCAAGUAACCCUAUGCCUCGCUUACCUUCCCGCCCUGUGUCUGCUGCAAGCAGGAAAUCGCGCAACAACAGUCAGCUUUCGUCAGCAAGCACACCACCGGUAUUGAAUCAGCAGGCACUAUCCUUUUCAAAGGAAGAGCGUCCAGAAAGUAUACCCGAGAAAGCAAACCCACCGCCUAUCUUGAAGCCAAAACCAGUGUUACCUCAACCCUGUCUUCCCCCACGGCCCAACAAGACUCGUAGUGCAUCCAAUCCACCACUCUUGCAGCCUAAGCCGAACCUUACGCUAUUGGAAAACUCAUCUGGUCAAGACACAAAGGAACUAAACAAUACUACACAAACUACUUCAUUGAGUCCACCUACUCCGCCUCGUGUAGGCGCAAAGCCUUCACCUGUUCUCUAUCAACAGAAACUACAAUCCUUCGUUUCACAAAAGGCCAUCUCGCCACCCUUUUCACCGCCGACAAAGCCAACCACAAUGACCCCACCUUCUCCACCACGUACAAUGCUGAAUGGUCAAAAGAAUGGUAUAUCCAAUCUAAAACCAUCAGCUUACCUGAAUAGAGCACGAUCAGCUACAAACCCUCCUUAUUUUGGCCAAAAGCCUACUAUGGACUGUAAUUCGCCCAAAUUGACUAGUAUUCCAAAAUCGAGCGUAGAAACCAAAGUCAACCCUACUGAACUCAAAAAGAAAGUAGCACCACCACCUCCCCCAUCGAGACCACCAAAAAGCAAAUUAGCAUUCAUAAGCGAUGAGGCCAAGGCACGAUACGAGGCGUUAUUUGAUGCGAUUCAUGAUGAUGGUUAUGUUGAUAGUCAAACAGUCUAUAAAAUUUGGAUAAAGAGCAAGAUAUCCAAGGACAAGUUAGCUCGUAUAUGGAAAGAGAGUCAUCCUGAUCAAAAAGGAUUAUUAGACAGACAUGCAUUUGUAUACGGUAUGGGAAAGAUUGAUGAGAUAUUAAAGCAGCAUCAGUUUGAACAGUCUGUAUGAGUUUUCCCCCUAUCUAUUCGUGUGUCUGAUACCAGUAAAUAUAUAUAAUAAAGAUGUAACUAGUUUAAUAAGUAAAUAUCAUCAUUCAAAGGUUUAUUAAAAUGAAUACGCA